CGAGAGCGGAGCGGAGCUGAGCGAGCGGCGCCGGCGCUGUGCAUGCUGGGCUCCGAUCAUGGUGGGCUCGCGCUAGAGGCAGGAAGGGCUCGAGCCAGUCCCCCCCGCCCCUGGCAGCCGCGCGCCCCCCGAUCGGCGAGUCCUGGGGAGAGAAGACACCGACCGGGAAGGGGGCUGGUACCCGCCGGGCGCUCGCUCUGUCCCGCGCCGCAGCGCCCCGGGACCGCUCGCCGGAGGAGGAAGGGGGGUUGCCCCGGGUGCCAGCCGCUGUGGGGGGACGGGAGCGGACCGGACCCUGCCCCCCGCCGCUGCCCCCCGCGUGCCCAGCCCCGGGAGAUGGUGACACAUGAGGCGCGCUGGCAGGAGCAUGGUUGAAAGGACCAGCAAGUUCUUGCUGAUCGUGGCCGGCUCGGUGUGCUUCAUGCUCAUCCUGUACCAGUACGUGGGGCCGGGGCUGAGCCUGGGGGCGCCCAGCGGCCGCGCCCCGGCCGAGGAGCUGGACCUUUUCCCCACGCCGGACCCGCACUAUGUCAAGAAGUACUACUUCCCCGUGCGGGCGCUGGAGCGGGCGCUCGCCUUCGACAUGAAGGGCGAGGACGUGAUCGUCUUCCUGCACAUCCAGAAGACGGGCGGCACCACCUUCGGCCGCCACCUGGUGCAGAACGUGCGGCUCGAGGUGCCCUGCGACUGCCGGCCCGGGCAGAAGAAGUGCACCUGCUACCGGCCCAACCGCCGGGAGACCUGGCUCUUCUCGCGCUUCUCCACCGGCUGGAGCUGCGGGCUGCACGCCGACUGGACCGAGCUCACCAGCUGCGUGCCCGGCGUGCUGGACAAGAGGGAGAGCGCCGCGCUCAAAGCCCCCAGAAAAUUUUACUACAUCACGCUGCUGAGAGACCCUGUGUCCCGUUACCUCAGUGAAUGGAGGCACGUCCAACGAGGAGCUACCUGGAAAACUUCCUUGCAUAUGUGUGAUGGUCGGACACCAACCCCUGAAGAGCUGCCAUCAUGCUAUGAAGGCACAGACUGGUCAGGCUGCACGCUGCAGGAGUUCAUGGAUUGCCCGUAUAACUUGGCAAACAACCGCCAAGUGAGGAUGUUGGCUGACUUGAGCUUGGUGGGCUGCUACAACAUGUCUUUUAUCCCUGAGAACAAGCGAGCACAGAUCCUGCUAGAGAGCGCAAAGAAGAACCUUAGAGACAUGGCCUUUUUUGGCUUGACAGAGUUCCAGAGGAAGACUCAAUACCUGUUUGAGAGAACUUUUAAUCUGAAAUUCAUCAGGCCCUUCAUGCAGUACAACAGUACAAGGGCAGGCGGAGUGGAGGUGGAUAACAACACCAUACGGAGGAUUGAGGAGCUCAAUGACUUGGACAUGCAGCUCUAUGACUAUGCAAAGGACCUUUUCCAACAGCGCUACCAGUACAAGCGGCAGCUAGAGAGGAUGGAGCAAAGGAUAAAGAAUCGGGAAGAGAGGCUUCUUCACCGGUCCAACGAGGCACUUCCCAAGGAAGAGACAGAAGAGCAAGGACGCUUGCCCACUGAGGACUACAUGAGCCAUAUUAUAGAGAAGUGGUAGUCUAGGCAGACUUUUAUACUGAAUGGGAUUCUAGGGUUUCCUGUUAAAAGAUCAUGGAAGUAAAAAUACAAAACCCCCCACAACAGAUCUUUUAUUUAAAAGCAAAUCUGUAAAACAGAAGGUAGCAUUCUUCUUUAAACAAUCGGUCUUUUUACUGUUUCUUACAAGACCAGUGAGAUUCUUAAAAAAAAAACAAAAAAAACCUAAAAAAAUAAAAAAGGGUCAACAUUAUAACUCAGAUUUAAAAA